AUGGCUGAGGCAACAGCACCCAAGCCAAGUAGCAGCGUGAAGCUGGUUUUGUUGGGUGAAGCAGCUGUUGGAAAGUCAUCUCUAGUAUUGCGGUUCGUCAACAACGACUUUCAAGAAAACAAAGAACCAACUAUUGGAGCCGCAUUCCUCACACAAAAAUGUAAUCUACCUACCCGGACAAUCAAAUUCGAGAUAUGGGAUACCGCAGGACAAGAACGUUUCGCAUCACUCGCACCCAUGUACUACCGAAAUGCACAGUCCGCGCUCGUCGUCUACGAUCUCACAAAGCCUACAUCUCUCAUCAAAGCGAAGCACUGGGUAGCGGAACUGCAAAGGCAGGCCUCGCCAGGAAUUGUCAUCGCCCUGGUGGGCAACAAGCUUGAUUUGACGAAUGAGAGCUCCGGGUCUGGCAAUGCUUUAGGCGAGGAUUCAGAGACCGAUGCUGCUGAGGGAGAGAACGAUGAUGGGGAUGCAAGGAAAGUGUCGACUGCUGAGGCGAAGACGUAUGCGGAGGAAGAGGGACUGCUGUUCUUCGAGACGAGUGCCAAGAAUGGAACGAAUGUUACGGAGGUGUUCACUGCGAUUGCAAAUGCGAUUCCAGAGACUUCAUUGAAGGGGGCUAGAGGACCGGGUGCUACACAGUCAAGUGCAAACAGGACGGAGGAUCAGUCGAGAGUGAACUUGACUGGACCCAGAGAUAGCGCUUCAAAGGAGGGUUGUGCUUGUUAA